CCAAGCUGCCUCAGCCUCGAGAUAAGUAGCCAUUAGUGAAGAGAAAGAGAGACCCAGAUCACAGUUUAGUCUGUCAUUCUCUUUAAACAGUUCAAAGAAAGAAAGCGUACGUCUCUGAAUCUGCCUUGUUUUGGGAUUUUCGAUCUUGUUCAUCACUGACAUUCCAGCUCUCCCGCAUUAGCUAGCUUGAAGUAACUCAGAAGCAAAAUAAGCUGCAAGCUAGAUCCAAAAAGCAGUGACAAAAAACGAAAAGAACAAGCCGUGUUCUUUUCGCAAGCCUGCAGCACCCUUCUUAUAUAACCAACCAACCCAAGCAACCAUUUAGAGCACUUCUCCUAGCUCUCUCAGUCCUCUCCCUCCAACUCUGCUUCCAUUCAUCGCCUCCCUCUUUACUCUCUGCACCACUUAACUAGUGACAAAAAUGGACGCGCUCGGGCUGGUUUUGCAGCUGGCGAAAGCACCACUGAUCGUGCCGCUGUUGCGAGUUUUGGUGGCGGUGUCCUUGGGGAUGUCUGUGUUGCUCUUUGUGGAGAAGGUGUACAUGGGAAUUGUCAUAAUGUUGGUCAAGGUUUUCAGAAGAAGACCUGAGAAGCGUUGGAAAUGGGAGGCAAUUAAGGAUGAUGUGGAGCUUGGCAAUUCUGCUUACCCUAUGGUUCUUGUGCAAAUUCCAAUGUACAAUGAAAAAGAGGUUUAUCAACUUUCUAUUGGAGCUGCAUGUGGGCUUUCAUGGCCUUCUGAUAGGAUCGUAGUUCAAGUUCUUGAUGAUUCAACUGACCCACUCAUUAAGGAUUUGGUGGAAGUAGAAGUGCAGAGAUGGGCAAGCAAAGGAAUAAACAUAAAGUACGAGGUCAGAGACAACAGAAAAGGGUACAAAGCAGGGGCUCUCAAAGAGGGAAUGAAGCACUCUUACGUCAAACAGUGUGACUACGUCGCCAUUUUUGAUGCCGACUUCCAACCUGAGCCCGAUUUUCUGUGGCGCACAAUCCCAUUUCUCCUCCACAACCCUGACAUUGCUCUUGUCCAAGCUCGCUGGAAAUAUGUAAAUGCUGAUGAGUGCCUGAUGACCAGAAUGCAAGAGAUGUCUCUAGAUUACCAUUUCACAGUGGAGCAGGAAGUUGGGUCUGCGACUCAUGCCUUCUUUGGUUUCAAUGGCACAGCUGGAGUGUGGAGAAUCACGGCCCUCAAUGAGGCUGGAGGAUGGAAGGACCGCACAACAGUGGAGGAUAUGGAUUUAGCUGUACGAGCUAGUCUUAGAGGCUGGAAGUUCGUCUAUAUUUCUGACCUCAAGGUGAAAAAUGAAUUGCCCAGUACUUUCAAAGCCUACCGUUAUCAGCAGCACCGAUGGUCUUGUGGUCCGGCUAAUCUCUUCCGGAAGAUGGUAAUGGAGAUUUUAAGAAACAAGAAGGUGUCCCCAUUGAAGAAGUUUCAUGUGAUCUACAGCUUCUUCUUUGUUCGCAAAAUCGUAGCGCAUAUUGUCACCUUUGUCUUCUACUGUGUUAUUUUACCAACAACGGUUUUGGUUCCUGAAGUUCAAGUUCCCAUUUGGGGUGCUGUAUACAUUCCUUCUACCAUUACUCUCCUCAAUGCAGUUGGAACUCCUAGAUCACUCCACCUAUUGAUUUUCUGGAUUCUCUUUGAGAAUGUAAUGUCCCUGCACCGGACUAAGGCAACAUUUAUAGGCCUGUUUGAAGCAGGGAGAGUAAAUGAAUGGGUCGUCACCGAGAAAUUGGGAGAUGCUCUCAAGACAAAAUCAGCUGCAAAAGCUCACAGGAAACCUCGACUAAGGAUCGGAGAAAGCUCUCCCGCAUUAGCUAGCUUGAAGUAA